CUGCCCCAUUCUCGCCUCUGGGUAGCGGCGGUGGGCGCCUGUGGCAGGGGGCUCUCGGGUGUCAGCGGCGCAGGGGCAGUGAGCGUGGAGGGUGCGCAGCGCAGCUGUGGUCAGCAGCGCGGAUUAGAGAUUGCCUUGCCACCGCCGCUGCGUUAGGAGGAGGGAUCUGCGCUUGUGCAGAAGCUUGCUCAUUGCUUUACUUUUGCAGCCCGGGGCAGGGACAUUAUGCCGAAGAGAAAGUCUCCAGAGGGUGCUGAGGGCAAGGAUGCAGCAAAAAUAACUAAACAAGAGCCCACAAGACGAUCGGCAAGAUUGUCAGCUAAACCUGCUCCACCAAAACCUGAACCCAAACCAAGGAAAACCACAAAGAAGGAACCUGGAACAAAGGCUAACAAAGGUGCUAAAGGAAAGAAGGAUGAAAAACAAGAAGCUGCAAAGGAAGGUACUACACCAUCUGAAAAUGGUGAAAAUAAAGCUGAAGAGAUUCGCAUCUCUCGCUCAACUGUUAGUGUUUCAACAUCCAGAGGUGCCCCACCCAGCACACUGUCAGUAAAAGGGCAGAUUGAAACAGUGAAAGUUAAGGGCACAGAGAACUGAAUCUGUAGGUGACAAGAGCCAAUGAAUUGUCAUGAAAAUUUUGGGUUGAUUUUAUGUACCUCUUGGACAACUUUUAAAAGAUAUUUUUAUCAAGUAUUUUGUAAAUGCUAAUUUUUUUAGGACGAUGAUAGUUGACAUAUUAAACUGUAUAGGAACAUAUCCCUUCUCAUAACCAUGCUCUUAGAAAUUCCCAUUGCUGCCAAGUAAUAUAAAUAUCAACUUUAGCAUUGGAAGAUGUGUGUCAAAUUGGAUCAGCAUUCCAUACACUUGCUUUAAGAAAUUAAGUCUUGUGCAUAUGGUGAUGGUUUUUACUGUGUGUAUUUGAAUUUUUCAUGCAGUUUUCUAGAGCAAUAAUCAGUGGUGCUUUUGUACUUAGGGUUUAUGUGAUUUUAAUGAAACAUGGAUAGAUGUGGCCACCUGCUGACUAUUUUGGGUUCUAUUAAUGGAUUAAAAUAAAAGGUCUCCUUGCCUGCAAAUCUACAGCCUCCUAAUGUUUUCUCUAAAUCUGAGGAAUGCCUGACUCAUUUUUUAACUAUUGUGUGGAAGACUAAAUGGUUUAGCAACUAUUGUGUUCUGCAUGCACUACGUUUAAUGCUUUUUGCUGGUCUCUGAUAAACAUAUUUAAAUGUCCACAUAUGAGUAACAGGUCAAGAUUUUCAAUGGUCCACAUGUUAAUGGCCUUCUCAAUAUGAACCAGUGUAUUCGUAUUUACUAUCACAGUUGAAUAGACUUUGUAUUACUGUACCAGUAUAACAUACAGUGAGAUACCAAAACAGAAUGAAUUGCUUGAUUGAAGCAAAUGUACAGUAACUGAAAGGCAUUCAGGAGCAGCUUUGCUUCCUCUCUCCCUGCCCCUCCUCCCCCCGUUCAUCUAAUACAGGAGUUUUUAAUCUCAGCAGCUUAUUACAUGGAACUCUUGUUUCUAUCUACAGCCCCAAAUUUAACAUAAAAUAGUAAUUGCUGUUCUGCUUCAGCAGAGGACAGUUGUAAAUGUAGUGCAAUUGCUGUUAAACAGCACUAUACUCGGUAUGUGGUAGAGAUGGAACAAUUAAAGUAUUUUUGAGGGGCUUGUGGUGGUGAUAAAUUAGCUAAUGAUCUUUAAUACCUAUACAUUACAGCUCUUCAGCUCAUUAUAAGCGCCUUUGAUAGUUUUCUCUUUAUCCUCUUCUGGAACUCUAGUAUUUCUAUUGUUGUUUGUGGGGGUGGGAAGGUGAGAAAGGAAUGUUCCCUGUUCAGUAACAUUUAUUUGUAUUGCUGAAGUGGUGGCCAUUAUGUCUGGGGAUACUUUUGUUUGUUUCAGUCAAUAAAUAAAUGACUGUAUUGCUUGACCUUAGUGUCUUCUUUAUUAUUUAGGAAGCAAGUGGUCAUCUGAAGUAGCCUGGUGUUAAUUUUUUAGAAAACCUCUCUCUCUCUCCCUG